AUACCAUUAAAUGAGUGAGUUAAGAGGCUGGAUAUGUUAAAUAAAUACUGAAACUAUGUUAGUGAAUUAUAGACAUAGAACAUACAGAAAGAGAGAUGAAAAUAUAUGUUGUCGCACUGAACUUCCGAUAUUCAUGGCCAUAUUGUUAAAUGCAGCUCAUAUUUUUGCAGACAGUAAUGGCGUCCGCCAUGUUCAUUACACACCCCGAAGGCUUCAUUCAUCCUGUAAUAGCAGGAAGAAGCCACUGACUAACACAAACGUACAAGUUGGGAAGCAAAUGCAAGCCGGUUUGUUCCUGGCCUGUAAUCACACUCCGCAGCAUCGUGUUAUUGUCUCAUCUGACUAACUUUUUUUGGUUGACUAGCCUUUUAAUUUUCCUCAAGCUGGAACUGCUAUUCUUGUACUGGGAGGUAAACAGGGUCGGAUUCUUGAUAGAAAGGGCUCCAGGUUCCGUACGGCGCUGCUGGUUCAUGUUCAGCUGUCUGCUUCUCUGCUCUUCGCAGCUUGACCACGUUUGUCGACACCACUGGAGCGUUUAACGCCGACGCUGGCUAAUGCGCUUUAUUAUCUUGCUGCGAGCCCUCGGCAUGCUUCGCAGAAAGUGGAUGGUUUGGGUGUCUGCUCAGACAACACGCUUGCCUGACCUCAAUACUGAACCAUAGCAGCCAUUAUCAGUGGUAGAACUAACAGGAGGACGAUUAGUAGUAGUCUUACGAGUAAUUGUUCAAUGAAUAAAUACGUGUAAUAAAUACAUUUCUCUUAUUUGCUCAACUACUGACACUUCAAAUGAACUUUAUUUUGGGUUUACUUCUAGAUUCUAUGCGAGAGGUUUAAUGGGAAGUGAAUUGUUUCACAUUGACUUUUUUUUUUAGAUGAUUCCCAUUGUAUUUAUUCCAAAAUAUUUAUGUUUAUAUAUCACAUACGUUGAAAUUUGCUGUUUGUGUGUUAACUUCCUUGGAAAUAUUUGACGUCUUAUUUGCACUGCUGCCGUGUUUCAGCGUUCCUUUUGGUGAAAAGACGCCGAUGAAAUGAAAAUGUUUUGUAGCGUCCAGCCCUGAUAGGCCCCCCUCUUUGAGUCCCCCCUACUGGUGGAGUCGCGAAUUACAUGCAGCACCUGAAGUUUGUAUACUUAUUUAGUGCGAGUCAUGUGUUAUAUUUGAUCAUUAUUUGACUCACCAUUGAGUUUAGUAGUCAUUUAAUUCGAUAAAGGAUUAUUAACUUUUUUGAUAUCCCAGACUGGGGGCACUCCUGAGACCACCUCCCUGACUUCCUGCCGCGAAUGUCCCGCCUCUCAUUGUUGACACAUCCGACAGGUCUUUCUUAAAGUUGUAAAUAUGUUAUAUGUCUGGUUACCAUAAAUGAUGGGAAUAUCUCCAGAAACAAGUGUUGUGAAAGUGGAUCUCACAUCCAAGAAGCUGGAGCUCAAGUGUGGAACUCAUCUCCAUUCAGUCUAGUCGAACUGCUGAGUGGUUUUCCAGCGAGUGGGUUUGACUCGGUUAGUCACAGGCGCUGCUCUGACUAAAGCACAUUUCAGCCAGCCACACCCAGAGUGGCAAAUGAGGAUUUAAUUUGGCCAAUGGGUGAAGCCAUUGCCAUCCCAAAUUUGAAACACAUGUAGCCCCGCGGCCCGUGUUGAACGUCAAACCUCCUGGAAUCCUUACGUAACAACACUUUGUUCAGCUCACACAAGCUCAUGUCUGAAUGUAGCGAGAGUUUUGGGAGCUUUACCAUCUCGUCCUGAAGCCUGAAGGUGUUCUAUCAGGUCACAGCCGAAAGCAUUGUCAUUCCCUUUCUUCUUGGACUUCUGCUUGGUCCCUUUAUUCUUCAUGUGGCUCCACUCAGUCGUCCAGCCGAUCAGAACGCUCCGCUUCUUGAGAGGGCAGACAUGGAUCCAUAUGACCCCGGGAGUGGACGAGCCUGUCGGUCAGAAGGCAGCCACAUAGACAUCCCAGCCACCAAAAAAAAAAAGACUCCUCUGCAUCCGCUCACUCCGAAGGAGGCUGAGAGCAGAAGUGACGUCACUCUCCACGCUCUCCCUCCUCGGGAUCAACUUCUGCUCUGCUGAUAGUGACAGAAACUUGCAGUGUGAGUGUUGGCUGGCUCAGACGUGGCAGUCGGAGGCUUUAUCUGGGAAGGAUUUGCAGAACCCGCGUCAGAAUCUCUGGGUUUCCUGUUGUUUCUUUUUUUUUCUUCUCUCCCCUGGCCAGUCCUCUCUUUAUCCCCUCCUCCCUCCCUCCAUUCCACGCCGACUCCUCAAUCACAGGAAGCAUUCAGAACCCGAAUAUCAUCCCAGAAAGAUGUGCCUUUUCUGUUGGAGAGCUCUGUUUAGAGACCACCUCGUGGCUGAGAGGGUUUUUCUGGGUGGAGAAGGGGAGGAGAACAGCUGACUAGUGUGUCCACUCCCAGAUCUGGAGUCACUUUCUGCGUUUAUGUCCACAUUCUGACGGGAAAGCGGAGCCCGACCUUCCUGAAUGCUUCCUAUGUGUACAGCUUCCUGUGCAAAGAGUCCAGGCUGGAAAACAAAAACAGAGGGGUUCAGAAGGAAGAGGGAAGUGGGAGGUGACUGCAGAGAGGGCAGCGAGGAGGGAGGAGGAAGAGGAGGACGGACACAUGGUUCUGGUUAUGAACAGCCGUUUAUCUUUUUCCAACCGGACCACACACUGGUGGCUAAUUCACGAGUGAAAAAUGGCGACACUCAUAGUGCUCCUCUUACAUCGGGGUGAUGUUGAGAACAGGCUUUGUCAUCAAAACUUCAGCAUCAGACAGGAAUCUCUCUCUCUCAGGGGCCACUUCACUUGCAAUGCUGCCCCCGGCAGUGUUUCGCUCCACUGCCACUGUGGCUGGUUCCUCCAGGUCCUACUGCAUUCAACUACAUGACAACAACUAUGCGCAGCAGAGAGUUGACUCAGCACUGGAGCACUGCCACCAUGAUGCUUAGCUCAUGUGUACAGACUGGACUUAAAUAUUAUCCUUAAAAUGGGAUCGAUCACGAUGGAGUCCCAGCUCUAAUCGAAAUGUUUUGCCGUCUCGCGUCUGAAGUUAAGAGUGAAGCCGUCGCAUUUCUGUUGUCAAACUCCUCGACUGUUAUUGGAGCAAUAAAACAAGAAUCAUGUUGUGCAAGCGAUUUCCUGUCAACAGCAGAGGUCACAUGGCGCUGAGAUGGAGGCGUCAUGUGACAAGGCCAAGCUUGAAUUUAUACGAUAAACUGUGAAGUCAAUUUCUGGAGGAGGUUUUUUUGCAUGUCUGUGGCCUCCACGAUGAAAGGAUGGAUGUUUGUAGGCGCUUCAUGAGAUUGAUAUUGUUCCUCUGUGGAAGAAAGUCCCUCUGAUAAUGGAGCAUCGGGUCUGAUGUUUGCAGACGAGAACUUGGCUCUGACAGUGGAGAUAUUUUGGUGUUGUGUGAAUGUCACAUGUGUUCUUCAUGACCGGGCCUCAGUAAAGACAAAGCUUCUUUCUGCCCCAAAGGAAGAGGAGAUGACAUCAUAGCGUCCGCACAAAGACUCAGACCCUCCGCUCCCUCGGCCCACUGUUCCAAAAUAAGUCCCUUUAUUGUCGCUGACUAACUUUGGAGCAAAGUGAUUUCAUGGUUAGGACUGCUACAAACUACAAAUAGUUUCACACUCCUCUGGCUGAAACUACGUUUAGAAGAGUUUCACACGAGUGAAGAUCGUCUUUAGUCUGUCACUUCUAAUAAGAAAGUGAAGUCAACGUGAAACAAGUUUUAGGUUGAUAUGGUAGAUAUAUUGCUUUAUUUACUACUAAUUACUAUGCAUUUUUGGGAACAACUUCUCUUAAACUACUACGAAUAAACUUUUUUUUACACAAUCUUUACAAAAAAUAUCUGAACCAUGGUCUUAAUGUUUGUAUUUUUCACAUGCAUUCUUGCACACUGUACUAAAAUGAAUAAACAUAGAUUAAUUCUUGUACAUAUUUAAACCAUUUUUUUUAAUCACUCUGCAUUUUAAUAUACAAUUACUUCAGUCACCCUUGGUCCAAUUGGUACUAGGGAGCCAUCUAUGACCGCGAGGGGCGUCCCUCGAUAGUAUCUCCGACUGUGCCGAGGCACAAUAAACACAGUCAGUUUACGCCUUCUCCCUGCGUUGUCUGCGUUUCGCCACUAGAUGGCCCACUCCAAACACGUUGACCUCUGUCAUCUACAACAUUUAUAGUUUUCUGCGUCUGUAUGGGCUUUGUGCCUGUGGAAGCCCAUUUCCGCCAGGUAAAAAAAACAAACAAAAAACUCAGAGAAAACCAAGAAAAAAAAUUAAAUAAAUAAUCACCAAGCAAAAAAAAAAUUUUUUUUGCUUAGUGAUUUUUAUUUUUUUAUUUAUUUAUUUUUUGCUUGGUGAUUUUUUUUUCUUGGUGAAUUUUUUUUUUUGCUUGGAGAUUUUUUUUUUUUUGCUUGGUGAUUUUUUUUUUCUCCCACAUUGCAAGAAUGUAUGUAAGUGUAUGUCUAUGAUGUGUAUGUGAAUGUCUGUGUAUGUGAAUGUAUGUCUUAUAAGCAAGAAAAACAUUUACAUUUCUAAAAAAUACUUUUUUUUUUUAGAAAAAACGAAAAUUAAAUCCCUCAAUCUGGUUAAAAAAAAUCGGUCAUUAUUUAAUAAUAAUAUUAUUAAUAUAUUUUAUAUAUUGAUGUAGGGUAUUUUACCAGAAUUAAAUUUUAUUUUAAAUAUCUACUUCUUUAAUCUAUAAAUAUUGUGUAUGUAUUUUUAAUAUCUAUAUGUUUUUCUUGCUAAACAAUAUGUUAUCACUAUUAAAUAAUGUGGGAUUUAAUUUUCAAUUAUAUAUCUAUGUAUUUAUAUGUUCUAUAUAUUUAUCUAUACAUCUAUCUAUACAUUUAUAUAAAUAAAUAUAUAGAAUAAAAAGAGUAAUAAAACACAGGAAACAAUGAAUUGGCAAAUCAGUCUUUACUUCUUCAGUUGUUCAUAUAAAGUUCAAAUCCAGUACAAAAACUAAACAAGCACACAGAUUGGUUCCAAGUACAAGAAGUACAAGCUCAGCUACGGCAGGAAGUUUCAGAUUUGUAACUGUCAGUUCUCAAGACUGACAUGGUCAUGUAAACAACAACGGAAGAACAAACCAGCAACCUAAGCGUUUGAUACUAUGAGCAUGCAAUGAUAGACUUAUGAUUCUUGUCAUGAGGCGGCAAAUAUAAUUUCACAGAUAUCAUCCUACUUUUACUUUAAAUACUCUUGGGAAUAAAUACCAACCCUACACCCUAAAGAUUUCUCUUUAAAAAAAAACAAUAUUUCAGUCGUAAAAGUUUGACAGAGGUGACUCUGUCAGUCAUAGGUCCCUUAAGAAGUAUUGCAACCAAACACAUUUUUGACGUUCACACACACCUGUCACCACAUAAGGAUCAUAAUCAUUAGAAUUUCAUAGUUCUGUUUUCUGGCACGUAACUCUGGCUCAUUUUCUGAAAUGAUCUCAGCAUUUUGAAAUGAGGCAUUUUUGCUACUUCAAAGGCUUCAGUCAUUCACAGCAUCACAUUGACCCUUUUACAGGAUGAAAACGCAUGUAAAUACAAGUAACUUCAACAUGGCUUGUGAAUUUACCUUGACAUUAAAAGGAACCAUGAUACAAUAAAGCCUUAAAACUCCACACGGAGACGAACACUGCCACUGUGAAUGUUCAUUUUUUUAUGUAUUAAGUCAAACAUAUUCUUUUAUUUCAACUUCUGUGUGAGGAUGGUCCAGUCAUGGGAGGCAAUUCAAAAAGUAUUCAGUAAUAAGAAGGCAGUUUUGGGGGUCAUUCUCCCACCUACUGGUGGAAAGUGUGUAUUCCAGUGUUCACUCAUCAAACAAAUUGACCUUUGUAUUUCACAAACUCACUGACGCACUCGCCAUAUUGCUUUAAGUGACCGAGCCAGAUCUGAACAUGUCAGUCAAGUUUGGAAUGUGAAAAGUGCAAACUAGUUUGCUAACAGCGGAAGGCCACCAGGUGGGGCCGGAGUAGCGUUUCCUCACUUGCGAGAAAGAAAGCUUAAGGCAUUUAAACAGAAAGUAAAACUCACUUCAUGGCCUUGGUCGACAUGUUCGCAUGUACCUUAAAUGCAAACGUCCAAGCAGAGCUUCUGAUAUGAGAAACUGAAGGCAAAAUGGAAACUUGUUUUGUUUGGAAUGGUGCGAACAUGGCGUGCACACAGUAAACAGUGUCUCAGCUCUGCGGCUUCCCAAUGUCCACCGUCACAUUCACAUACAGAGGAAGUCUCUCCACUGACAGGGUUUUGUAGGAGCAGCUGUUGAGGCCGUCUUUCUUCCAAACCUGUGGUGUUCGUCCCAACAACCUCAUCCUGUGAGAGGAAGAUAGAGCAGACUCAUCAGGGGGUCCAUUCUGCCCGGUCAGGACUUUCAUUGGGUCCCGUCGUGCUCACCUGUCUUUGUUUAUUUCAUUGCCGGAGUCGCGCUUGUGGAACACCAUGGUGUAGCGGGCCACGUCCGCAGGCGGCCGCACGAUCCGCAUCUUCUGCAGCUCCACUCUGGAGACAUACAGUUUAUCACAGAGACAGCACAAACAAAGAUGGCUGACUGAGAAAGCUAAAAAAGAGGCUGCCAGUUUUGUACAGAUAUGUCUGUGGAGCCACAGGAGGAAGACCACUGAGGUGCUUAUGUGGUGUUUAGACAUUCUCAUUUUAAAGCGCAAGUCUGUUGCCUUGAUAAAAUGGAUCAAUGCUGCCACCUAGUGGUCUCCAGAAGAACAACAAAAUGAUCACUGUUAAAUGUGGUUAUUACCUGAUGCGUAGGUCAUCGUCCUCUCCGCCCCAUCCCCAGUAAGUGUUUGAGAAUCCGUUGACCUGGAGAAAUUGUUCUCGGGUCAUUGCAGUGACUCCUCCAAAGUAUCCUUUGUAACGCAACCUGAGACCAGAGGAGACCAAACAAAUGAUCCACAUCACUCCUUCAAGGUUUCGCUCUGUCCUGUCUUUCUUACUUGUAUCCCGUCGCGUUCCGGCCAACGACUAAAUGUUUCGGCUGUUUAUCACACAAGUAUAAGUUGCGAUCAUUUUCGGGAACCAGGUCCACAUCGUGGAAGAUGAAGCAGUCCCAGCUGUGGUCCUUCAGGGCCUCCAGAUACCCGACGUUCAGUAACUUUGCUCGGUUGAAUGUCACAUCUCCAGCCUGUGGCACAAAGAGAAGGAAUGAAGCUACUAAAAAAAAAAAAAAAAAUCAAUAUCUGUUCAUCAUUUUUGUUUAAAUCAAUCAAAACAUGUUUAAAAAAAAUACAUUUACAUGGCAGUUUUUUUCAUAUAUAUUUUGGUAGCAUUUGAAUCAUUUUCCAUCCAGAAAAUGAGUUGUUUUAUUUUAGAAUUUUACACAGUUCUGCUUAACAGGCCAUAAAUUAUUAGCUCUAAUACGCAAAUGACCAAGAGGACAAUGAAAAAUAAUCAUAAAAAAUGUUUGACGACACAAAGCAAAAAGACAACAAAAUAUAAUACAACAAUAAUAUACAAUGAAAUGUGGGGAAAAUUGUAAUAGUUGGAUAAAUAUAUAUGUUGAAUUACUAUGGGAAAAAUUAUCAAUACGAAUGCUCAAUAAGGUGAAAUUGAAAUAUUAAAUAUUCAAAUGAAAUUGUGUUUUUUUAAAGUUUCAAAACCAAAUAAAAAAAUCUUAAAAUUGUUUUGGUGAUGUAAUCAGGUUCAAUGAAUUUUAAAUGAAAGGAUUAAACGUAAAAGAUAUGACAGUAAUUUUAAUUUAUCUCUGUCACGUAAGAUAAGAAUUCUAUUGAAGUAUUUCAAACGGCACCUGCUGGAUGACAUAAAUUGCAUAAUGGAGCUGCUGCCUCUGCAGGAAAGGGUGCAGGUGGUGCAGCAGGUAGAGGAGGUGUCUCUCUCUGUGCCGGUGAGGGAUGAGAAUGGCGACGCUCUGCCUCGCUGUGCAGUCCGCAGGCUCAUACUCGCUGUGCAUCAACUUGGAGUUUUCGCUCUCUACGUCCUUGAGUGUCAGCGAGGAUUCAAACGUCAACUUCACUUCUCCUUCUGCAGGAACAAUAAACAAGACUAGAUUAACUUGUCAGUGAGUUGAUGGACCGGGGACGUUUGUAGUGCUCUUAAAGGCCUUUGCUGGCUGCUCAUGUACUUAAAGUGAUUCUUACACUAAGUUAGAAUAGAACUUUUCAAUCUUUAAUAUUAAAUUUUAACCAACAUUUUAAACAAAUUCCAAGUUCAGCAGAAUCAAGACUAUUCAACAUAACACCGACAAAUAAAUCUCUCACUUAAAUGACCUUUUGUUGUUUCAAAUGAACUGGUAAUUCGCGUGGAAUCCACCAGCUCCAAUAGAAUCAAAACUUACGUAGAAGCGGUGACUGCUGUGGGCAUUGAGCUCUUGCUGUGGGAGAAUGAGCCCGCACAGUUGCCGGCGUCAAAGACUCCACUUUAUCCCUCAGGCUUUCAGCUUUACUCAGAGUCUGUCUGGUCGCUCCGAUGACUGCCUUCACAGUUUCACUCGAGAAUGUGGCGAUCCACACCAGCACCGAUACCGACAGCAGCAGCAAGACAAAGUACUUCCCCCUGCGCAGAGCUUUGCACACAGGCGAGCAGAGGCCCAUCGCUGCGACGCCGCUGACAACAGUCCCUGCUGUUGGUUUAGGACUUCUCCUCCAUGCGGCAGACUCCAGAGGAACACUGUCAACUUCACAUUGUCCUCAUGUGAAAAUGAUGGUGGCUGAGGGUGAAACUGCCUCACAUCCAGACCGACUGUGAGCAUAAAUCCAUCGCUGAAUCCCGCAAAUCCUCAGCCGACUCGCAUGAACUGUAACACAAAGGGUCCAAGUCAGUCAAUGGAUUUCCUCUCGCACAAGUUAAACACAAGUUUAUACUGCAACUGCAUCACAUUCAACUCGAUUACAGAGGGAAAACGGAGGGGUUCGAUGCGUUUGUGAUGCAAGGGCAGUACUCGCUCAGUCACAGAAUCUUGACUGGUGGCGUAAUGGAAACAAAUGGAUUCCACGGUAUUUGUCAGUGAGAACAUGUCCUCCACAGAUGCUUGGGACCUGAAGGUUAGUGUAACCAGGUCAUAAACAAUGGCUCCUCUCUUCAAGCACUCGUCACUUCGCACAUUACUCUUCAAAAGAAAAGCCUCCUGAAUGACACUUUUCACACUGAAACCUAAACCCAGCUGGUCCCUUUGUGUUGUUUUCUCACCUGACUCACUCCUCCUUCUCAUUGUACUGUUGCUUUCUGGCGAUACCAGACACUCAUUCCUUCUCCUCUUUCACAUGAUUUACAGCGACGUCACCAAUAAACACAUGAGCAGAAGGGACACAGUUCACAGCUACCACGUUAUUACUGUCCUCGGGAGUGUUGUAACGUUCCAUUCACGACGUUACAGCGAAAUGUUAUGAUAAAAAUGAAUGUAAAACGUUUCGCAUCCGCAUCUCAUGUUUGCAGACGACAACAAAAGCAUCUUCGGGGACCAUAGCGGCAAAUUUCUAAUCGUAAUGUCGUCGUAAUCGUAGCAUUAGCUGCAUGUUUCUGGUGAUGACAAACAAAAACUUGGAUUGUAAAUGUCCUAUUUGCGAGGCUAGCAGACGAAUGCGGAUGUGAGCUGCAAAGCACAAUAAAAGUUAGCCGCUCUCAACAGUCAGGUAUAGCAAAUGUCUUACAGGAGCAAAUGUACGAAACAAUUUCCCCGGAUUUAGUUCAAAUAAUUCGAAGUUAGCGAGGUUUCCUCUUACCUGUCAGGCUAACGCUACUCCAGAACGACACUGUUUGGUAAUAAAUUCACGUGAAAUAACGCAAGUACAUCCGGUGUUGUCCUUUCAGAAUAAAGGUAUAACGGUGAACCUGCGUUGGGAAGGCGGGGUCGUCACCAUCAAAUUGCAACAUUUGUUUGAUUCACAAGUUCUUAACAUUGAUUAUGAUCGUCUGAAUCCUACAAUCGCGGAAGUGUCAAUAUACAAAGCCCUGCAAUUUUUUUUAUUUUGUAAUCUCAUUUUGCAAACGUGCUUAGUAUUUCCUGUUUUACAAACGGCGACUGAAUCUUAAUUAAAGCUUUAAUACAACGCAACAUGCUUUGUUUAAUACACAACUACGUUGAAUUAAACACUCCUGUUGGGGCAAUAGUCCAGUUUGUUUCCCUUUAAACUGUCGAUUUAUUGAUACAAUACUUCAUAUUUUGGUGGGAUAUGGACAUCCAUAAAUUAUAUAUAUAUUGAAAAGAAACAUUACAGUGUUGUAGUUUUGUUUUUUAAAUACUAUAUUUAAUGUAUCUAUUUUGUCCGUCUAUGCUUUGGUCUUGCUGUUUCUGCUCCGACAGCUUGCUGGUCACACGCUUGUUUUGUUUUCCAGCUGCAGGGUGUCUCAGCAUGUUUGGCACAAGAAAAGUCCUGCACUAUUUUCAGAUGAAGACCUUUUCCCCAAUUUGAGCCUGAAGUAUUUACAUUGGUUUGAAAGCAUGUGGCACUCACUUAACUUAAUGUCAUAUUUGAAUGUGUUGUACAUUGCUGUGUAAUUUACUGGAAAGCACUAGUCAGAAUUCUCAUCUUUUACAACAAUUUACUUAAAAAAAUAAUAAUAAUAAUAAUAAAUUAAGCCAUAAAUAACAGUGCAAAACAGAACAAAUACAUAGUACAUGUUCUGUAACAACAACAAACGUCAAUUUCAAUCUUGGAUACAAUUGUCUUGUUGCAACAAUAUAUACUGUAUACACAGUAAGGAGAAACUUUAACCUUGAUGCCAUCAAAUUCUUUCCAUAGUAAAUGUAUUCUCCCUGUUAUCAACAGAUGUCUUGAAGGGGCUGGCAAUUCUGUGGCUGAAGAACAAAUGUCAUGUCAAAGGUUCAAUGCUUUGCAGUUACAGGAUUGCAAAGUUAAAUCUAUAAAUAUUCUGUGUGUUCAAUCCUCCAUCACUAUGGUGUUUGGAAAUUUUUCAGUGGUGACAUGAAGAUGUGAGAGAGGCCUGAGUGUUUGUAGAUAUCAGGGCCCUGUGAUAAGCAAGCAGAGCCUGGGCCUCCUCCACUGUGAGGGGAAAACAUUGCUUAUCCUUUUUUGUUUUGAUUCAGCUUUUAUCAAUGGAAGUUAUAACCAUUACAAGAUGUUAGUAAAACAGCCAGAAUGAACACUGAAGCGUCACUGAAGUGAUGUUUUUAUUGAUGCUUUUUAUAGUACAAAACAUGAGUGAACAUGAAUGUCACGGUUGGAUAAAGUUGAGUCCAUUACUGAGGUGGGGGGUGGGGUGCACUAGCUUUGCUGUGAGGGGGAGAAAAUAAAUGCUGUAUCUCAAUAACAGUCCAAUAAAACACUUGGGAUUAUCGUAGUAUAAUUCACAUCAGUGAACUUCUUCUGGAUUCCUCAAAGCUCAAGGAGAGAGUCACUGUUCCACUGCCAAAGCUGACCCUCGGCCUGCCGGAUGAACCUCCGCAGUCGCUGGUCUUCAGGCUGAUGGAGGACGACGGGGACGAACCAGAGGAGCCGCCGAUGCUGCUGGACUUCUUUCUUGAAGCGGAGUUAUGCUUCAGCGUCGCUUUCGCCGCUACCUUGAAGGCAUGGGCGGCGGUGCUGCACCGCACUUCUUCAGUCGUGUUCCUGGAGGGCUUGAAGAGGAUGAUGUAGAUCUUGUUGAAGAAGAUACAAGCCAGCAUUCCAAAGCUGGAUGCCAAUAUGGCUAUGACCUCGACAGCAGAGACGAACUUGCCGUAGGUGCUGAAGUAGGCCGGGAUGAAGGAAAUCCAGACGAUGAAGAAGAUCAGCAUGCUGAAGGUGAUGAACUUGGCCUCUGUGAAAUUCUCGGGGAGUUUUCGAGACUUAAACGCAAAAAAGAAACACACAGCGGCAAGCAGGCAGGUGUAGCCGAUGAGAAAGGCGAGCGCCAUCUCGGAGCCUUCGUUGCAGGUGAUGAAGAUGAUCUCAUCUAUGUCGAGAAUCAUGUAGCUGAACGGGGGAGCGUUGUAGAGCCACACCACACAGAUCAUCACCUGGACGAAUGUGAAGAGAAAGACGAGCAGAAACUGCAGGUUUAGCCCCCACCACUUACGAUGGAGACUAGUUGGGAUCUUGGCCUCGAACACCAGAAGAACCCGGUUGGUUUUGACUAGAAUGCAGGAGAUACAGAGAACGAAGCUGAUCCCAAAAGCUGGCUGGCGUAUGCGACACAUCCAGUCGUGAGGUUCUCCGAUGAAGGUCAGCGAGCUUGAGAAGCAACAGAUGAGGGAGAAGAGGAGCACGUAGGACAGUUCUCGGUUUGUGGCUUUCACGAUGGGAGUGUUGCGGAACUUGACGAACACGCCCAUCACGAAUGAUGUCAUCACCACACCCAGCACCGCGCAGAUGGUCAACGCUAUCCCAAACGGCUCUGUCCAGGAAAGAAACUCUAUUUCCUUCAGGAAGCAGAACGUGUGGUUGCCAUUGGACCAAGAGUUAUUUGGACACUUGGUGCAAACGCUAGCAUCUGCAGGGGAUAAAGCUCAGGAUGAGAACCCGGGGGCAGAUUAGCCAUGAAUGCUACGGUACCUUUAUGGUUGCUGUACUCUCCAUCAGAGCAUUCGGUGCAUUCAAAGCAGCAUGUGGGCAUGCUGUCGAUGAUGCCUUUCCUGGUGCCAGGUUCGCAGUCUUCGCUGCAGUUGGAGAACGGCACCUGAGGCAAGGAGCAUGAAAACGUCAGCUUAGCUAUCAUCUCUUCUGGGGACGAGAAGAUAACACUGACUUUCCAGUGAGUUAAUGUGACCUACCACAAUGCAACAGUGAUGGUGGAUAAACAACAAGUCCUCAACAAACCUCGGAGUGUUGUCCGUUCCACAAGAUCUUGGUCUUGUCAAUAACCAGCAUUGUCCCGCGCUUGCUGUGUAUGUUGUAGUAGCCGACCUCUUCGAACACCACCGAGCCGUCCUCGGUUGAUCUGUGCCAGUUGAUGAUGGUGUAGUUGGCUGCCAAGUCGGCACUUUCAUCGAAGCGUAUUUUCUCACCCAUGCUGCUGGUGUAGUUCAAAUGUCGGAGCUGCUUCAGCACCUGCGGAGUUUAAAAUUGAAAGUAGAGUAAAGUGUGUUUUGGUGGUCGGUUCAUUCAACUAUAUAGCUCUGUGGGAAACCCUAUGGUAGACAGGUCAAUGAUAGCUCAUUGCGAGCUUUAUCUAUCUCCGUCCUUGAGCGAUCACUUGCCCUCUCUUAUCUAGUCGCCUCUCUUUAGACAAGGGCAAAGGGAAAGCCUCUCUGGACCAAAGCAUUCUUUCACCUGAUGCCUAGCUGUGUUUGAAGGUGUUUUGAGUCAUGUGUAACAUGACCAUCACUCAGUGAGGACGGGAAGGAGAAUCAAAUUCUGCCAUGCUUUACCUGCCAUGCUUCCAUUUUCUUUAUAUCUGCGCAGGAAUUGUUGGCAAACAGCCCGUUUCCUGGAGUGCAGGUGAGAAUGUCCUGCAGCGCCUGAGCAAUGGAGUAAACUGCGACGUACACAUUAUAGGAAAUUCGAAGGUGCGUGUAGUCCAGGUAGGGCGUCUCAACACUUGUGAUGUCCUCCUCCCCAGAACACAGGGGCCUAAAGCUGGUGCUGCCGUUCUCGUUCUCCUGCAACCUGGGGCUAUCUUUGAGGUAACAGUUAAACGUUUCCUCCCAAAACUCCCUGACAAAUUCGUUGUGGCUGUCUUUAUUCGGCUGGACCUGUUGGAGGAACUCUUUGAAAGCUGGUAUGUGUCCUGACUUGAGAGCCAAGCCAAUGGUCCCCGCCACCACAUCGAGAUACUCUGGUUUAGCGAUGAGCGAAGAGCUCGCCCAGGCUUCGCUGGCGAUCCAGAUCCGGUCGGUGAUGUUCCUCCUCGCCAUCUCCUUGAUGAGAGGCUCAAUAUCUGGGCCGCUGGCAAACACCACGAUGACCUUGGCUGUGGAGUUUUCAAUCCUGUCGGCGAGAGCUUGGAUUUCCUGCUCCUCAAAGUACUGGGAGAUGAGCUCGUUCAGGUGGAUGCAGAUGUCACGCUCUUCCAUCUCUUUCUCAAACUUCUCAAUCCCUGGACGGCCGUAGUCGUCGUCUGAAGCGACCGCGAUCACCCAGUUCCACUGGAAAUGCUCGAUGAUGUCGGCCAUGGCCGUGGCCUGGUGCUCAUCCGUGGGGAUGGUCCUCAUGAAGGACUUGUACUGGUUCUUGUUGCUGAGCAAGCGACUUGAAGAGGCGUAGCUGAUCUGAAAAGAAGAGCCGUUAAGUCAGCGUGCACUUGAGAAGUCGGCAGGUUUCCUCACCUGAGGAAUAUAAAACAGUCCCAGCAGGUUGGCGACCGCAGUCGACACAGCAGAUCCUGCCGCUCCCACCACUGCAAUAGUGGACGGGAUGUGAUCAGUGCAGUUGCAGAACUCGUCUAAAUUCAGCGAGUCGAUCUUGUUUUGAGCCACGAAGCUCAACGUCGCCUCCAGGGCUUUCGACACCGUGUUGCAGGUGUCGAAGAUCCGGUAGCCCAAAGUGAUGUUUGGCAGGAGCGAGCUGCUGUUGUUGAUUUCAUCUAUCGCGAAAAUCAUAGCCUGCAGCCAGCGGAAGCCUCGGAAGUUAAACCUGCACAGAAGUUCGGGUUAUCCAGGACACAGCGGUGUUUGUUUGCAUUAAGACUACCUGACACACUGGGUGGAUUCUGGCCGCGCUGCAAGGUCUUGGUCCUUGGAUGCAACACCGAAGUGAAUGGGGAAAAGACCCCCCAGCAGGAUGUCGCCGGUCAUCUGCGCUCUCUGGUUGGGCCCGUAAGUGGAAAUGACAGCACUUGACGCCAGGAGCAGCAGAAGAAAUGUAGCAAGCUGCAUGUUGGCAAGAGCUUAAAUGCUCCUGAAUCAAAUGUGAAUGUGGGAUUUAUCUCCUGUCGAUCUCACGGCUGCACUUCAUCUUCUUCAUGUCGUCGGCAGCAGCAGUGUUUCAUCUGAAUGAGGCGAGAUCAUUGGUCGUGUUAGGGAUUCUGCCCUUCAAUUCCAAAACAGUAACAUUCACGACAAUCCAAUCUAUGUCAUUCGAUAACAUCGAUUGUGUUAUUGCUAUAGUUUUUACAAAUCCAAGUUAGUGAUUUUGGUUGAGAGUAAACAAAACACUUGGGUAUGACCAGGUCAACAGAAUCCUUUUGACACUGAAACAUUUCAGUGGACUUACUUUGCCUGUUUUCCAGUGCUAUUGUUUGAUGGUGAGUGGCAACACUGGCUGAAACCCGUGAUGCAAAACAGGUGUGAGCUGAAAGUGAAGUCACACUCUAAUGAGCCUCCUUCCUGCAGUCUCACGCCACGGCCAGUGAACCCCGUUGUCAUGGAGAAACACCUCCACGUCGGGCUAAUACUCGUGGAAAAAUGCUGGAGCAGGACCAUGAUAAUGAAGUCGUCGGAACAAUUUCCCUUGUUCUACCAGAUCAAGCCUCUAAAAAAGUCUAAAUCUUCUGUUUAUAUUUUUUAGUUUUAAAUAUUAUUUAGUAACAUUCAGCAUAGCAUUAGGUUGAGUUCAUUAAACUUAUAACAUUAGUUUUUAUUGUAACUCAUAUCAGCUCUAGAUAUUUAUAAAAAUGCACAUUUCAGCACAAAAACAUUUUUGUUUUACAGUCACAGUGUCGCAUCACAGACUGAUUUUUCUUUUUAAAAUGGAUUUAAAUCAAUGUAUAGACUGGCAACGCUGACUUGCACGAACUGAAGAAUCAAACAAACUCACCAUAUCUGAAAGUGUCUCGACUGCAGGUAUUAAGGCCUGGAAGCAAAAUCUCCAGGAGCAGAAUGAGGUGAUGGGGACAAUGGUGUUCAAAACCUCCUUUGCCUGGUGAAUCAUUGACCAGCUGCGGGGUCGUCCAUUUCCUCCAGCUAAUGAAGUCUACUCACACCCCUCAAAUCUAAAUCAACACCAACUGUUGAAAUAUUGUAUUGCUUCAUCACUGCCUCACUGAGACAAAUAUCCGAGUACACACACUUCUGCUCACAUUUUCUGGCCAAGUGUCUGAUAUUUUGUUGAUGUGCUGAGCUUGCUUUACCACCCAUGUUCUUUAUUUGGUAGUUUGACACACGGCAUUGUUUGAAAAGUCCCACAUUGGUUUCGACUUGUGGUUCUGUUGAACUUGAUGUCUAAUGCAGUCCUUCUCCCCCUAUUUAUUUAUUUUUAAUUUCAGGCAAAUUGAUAAUAAAGUUAUUCUUCAUUGUAAGUUUGUCCAUAUUACUUUCUUUUUUCUUUUCUUUACAUGUGAAUAAGGACACAGUGUUAAGCAGUGGUGGUAAUUUUAUAGACAAAUGAUACUAUUUACAGAGAAUCACUGCUCUAGUGUAAUUUCACUGAGGAAUUUACUUAAUCUUUUAGCGCUUGACAUUGCUGAUUUUAUCCUUCUUUGGUCGCACUUUAGACUCAGGAACAUUUACUACCCUAGUUAAACAACUUACUCAAAUGUGUAUCGGCAGCAUAUCCAGUAUUUAAUCCUUAUAAAGUAUUACUUAGUGUCUGACUAGAUUUUUCUAGUGUAAAUAAAUAACUGUAAAUAAAGAAUAAAGUCAUUUAUUAAUAGUUUUCUGUUCCCAAAUCUAACAUGUUACACAUUCGUUUUGUAAUAAACAACUUAAAGGUUUAUAAUUAUUAUGUUUCUUUUUUCUUGGCAUCAAUCUUGUGAUGUUUAAAUUAACUGUAUAAAUAAAGUUGAUGCUGUAAAGUAGGUGGCAGAAACUGACUUGCUUCAUUUUAUUACCAACUCACACGGUCAUGUGGAGAAACUAACUCAAUUGUAAACUGAGUUCUCUCACUUGUUUACUCAUGUUAUCUGAUGAUAAAGAGGCGUAAUUAUGUUGCACGAGCCCAGGUGACACGUGGUACCGCAGGAACCCCAGAAGCACUGGUCUGCACCACUUUCUUCCUCAAACAAUUGUGUUUCUGCUCUGAUGGAGCUCCCUUCCAUUUGUUGCUGAGCAGACCUGCCCAGCCAAAGCAAUGUCACUUUACUGCAUGUUGACUCACAAAAGCCUUCGCACCGCAGCCUCAGAGUGAAAGACAAAGUGUCAUACCCCGAACCAAAAACACAUUUUUUAUUUAUUGGAAAAAAAUGAGUCACUCAAUGACUUAAUGUGGAUUGAACCUCUGAUGUGAAAUGGACUUUGGGUGGUUUAAGAUGAGCCUUGCUUCUUUGUCUCUCAUUAUUUAGUUACAUCAGGAGUGAAGAUCGGUCCAUCCAAACCAAUCCUCUUGGUGAGCCCCAUAUCAAAUGCAUGAUUCUCACUGGCUCCUCUUCUUCUCCAUGACAGUUUCUGAACAACAUGUCCAAGCCUCCCGUCCCUUGUCCCCAAGCUUCUCCACACGUCACUUCUACUCUGCUUCGACUUUAAAAAAAGCUUGAUAUAAGUGGUCAUGAUCAAAGCCAUCAAAACCAAAUGUAGUUUCCUUUGUUUCGUGACGACACGCUCAGAAAACAAGCUUAUAAAAUGCAGUGCAAAUGAAGAAUAAUGAACUGAGAAGUAGUUUUCAUAGACCCCAAAAUCACCAAGAAGAAGAUGGGAUGGGAAUGGGAGACUCUCUGUGUGGCAACUUGCAGUUUCUAAUUCGUGUGUGAAAUGUUGGUCUAAGAUCGUCCUCACGGCGAAUUCAAAUUCCCGGAGAACCAUUUUGAUAGUGUUUUUGGGAACUGGCAGGAGCGUCUGAAAUGUAACGUAAUGUGUAAAAAAAUGUAGAGCUGGAGCGAGAAGAGCGAACGGAUGGAACCAUUCUCACACUUUGGGCAGACGCGUCAAAACAGCUGCUCAACUGACAGCGACCAGCUCAAGGAUGUCUGACUCAAAGUUCCUCCCAAGUCUGGUGUGCAAAAAGCCAAUCGAACCAGAAGGUGAGGAGUCCAACUUCCACCGAUGCCUGACCACGGUGGACCUGGUGGCCCUCGGGGUGGGGAGCACACUGGGCGCCGGGGUUUACGUGCUGUCGGGGGAAGUGGCCCGAUCAGUGGCCGGACCCAGCAUCAUCAUCUCCUUCCUGAUAGCAGCCGUGGCCUCCAUCUUUAGCGGGCUGUGCUAUGCUGAGUUCGGCGCCCGGGUUCCAAGGACUGGCUCGGCGUACCUCUACACCUACGUGACCGUGGGAGAGAUCUGGGCUUUCGUCACCGGCUGGAACUUGCUACUCUCUUACAUCAUAGGUGCGUCCAGCGUGGCCCGGGCUUGGAGCGGUACAUUCGAUGAUCUCAUUGGAAACGAGAUCAGCAGUAUGUUGGCAGACCACGCAGCCAUGGAUUUACCUGGAUUAGCUCCAUACCCAGACUUCUUUGCAGCUGCGCUCAUAUUAAUCCUGGCAGGCGUUCUUGCUUUUGGGGCCAAAGAAUCGGCGAUUGUGAAUAAGGUCUUCACAGCAGUGAACGUACUGGUGCUGCUAUUUGUCAUUCUCGCCGGCUUCAUUAAAGGAGACCUGGACAACUGGCAGAUCCGGGAAGAGUCUUUCAAAGAUGCACCCAAAGACUGCACCUCCCUGAAUGACACCUCUCCUUGCGGCACUGGAGGGUUCUUCCCUUUUGGCCUGCAGGGAACGCUCACCGGAGCAGCCACUUGCUUUUACGCCUUCGUUGGCUUCGACUGCAUCGCCUCCUCAGGAGAGGAAGUGCAUAACCCUCAGAGGGCCAUCCCGCUGGGCAUCAUCAGCUCCCUGCUCAUCUGCUUCCUGGCUUAUUUCGGUGUGUCUGCCGCGCUGACCCUCAUGAUGCCCUACUAUUUACUCAGCGCCAGCAGCCCGCUGCCUGAAUCGUUCACCUACGUUGGUUGGGGCGCGGCCCAGUAUGCAGUCGCAGUGGGAUCCCUGUGUGCUCUGUCAACAAGCCUUCUAGGAUCCAUGUUCCCGAUGCCACGUGUCCUGUUCGCCAUGUCCAGAGACGGGCUGCUCUUCAAAUGUCUGAGUGAUCUCAGUGAGAGGCAAACGCCUGCCGUUGCCACACUGGCCUCGGGUGCCGUGGCGGCCGGAAUGACGCUUCUGUUCGACCUGAAGUCCCUGGUGGACCUGAUGUCUAUUGGGACCCUGUUUGCCUACACACUGGUGGCCAUUUGUAUUCUGAUACUGAGGUACCAGUCGGAUCCUGGUCAGGCUGCCAACAAACUAGAAACCUUCUCUAUCCGACAACUGUUCCACCCUCCUCCACAAGCCACCUUGAUGACGUCCAGUGCUGCUUCUUUUAUUACGUUUAUAAUGCUGUUUUUAUGCAUCGCGCUGAGUGUCACCGUGACAAAGACAUCAGCGUCGCUGCAGUCUCUCGAGUGUUGGAGUGUCCUCUUGGUCAGUGCGAUCACUCUCAUGUUGGUGCUCUGCAUCCUGCUGAUCUGGAGGCAGCCUCAGAGCACGGCCAGAGCUACGUUCAAGGUCCCUCUGGUGCCCUUGCUUCCUGUUCUCAGUACUUUGGUCAAUAUCACGCUGAUGAUCCAGCUGGGACCCGGGACGUGGUUCCGCUAUGCCUUGUGGAUGGCCCUGGGUUUAUUGAUCUACUUUGCUUAUGGAGUCCGGCACAGCGUUCAGAGACGGAGACUAGAAAGUCCACCGAAGCAAGUUCGGCAACAACACACAAGCACGGUGGACGAGUCUGUACAACAAGCUGAUGACUGAAGGGGAAGCUGCGUUAGUCAGCAUUAUAUAUUUUAAAUAAUUCUCCCCCCCUUUUAUUUUUUUAUAGUUGGGAACUAAAUUACAAAUGUGCCUGAAAAAAGUCGAUAUUUUUAUCUAAAUGCUCCCCCUGGUCUGUCAGAAAGAGUUAUAUUUUGUUGGUGUUUUUUUUUUUUUUUUUUGUAUAAUUUCAGAAGUUCAAAAUAAACAGAGAAAUUCA